UGUUUGUCGUUAGCGCUGCCAUCGGAGCCGGUGGCCAUGUCUGAGGUCUAGUCUCGCAGUACUAGCGUGGCUAGCAGGGCGGCUGGCCGGGCAGACGGAACAGGAGUAGGAGCUGGAGCGGGCGUUGCUGAAAAUAUGGCGGGCGCAGAGUUGCGCGUCCUGGUGCCUGCGGAUGGCGGCCCGUUGGAAAAGGCGGCGCGUACGGUGCUGGUAGCAGUUCCUGACACGAUAUGGAGCCGAUCCGAAGACGGCACACUACUGCAGGCGCGCUUCUCAGCGGACAUCGGCGACGGCCUCAACAACCUCCUGCGGCGGCUGGCGGCGGCGGGCGGGGUUGCACGGCGGCGACGCUUCGCUCCAGCGUGGUGGCCAGCUGCUGCGGGUGCCCGGGAAGCGCGCCGGACCGCCCCAGCCCAGCUCGCCCGCUCCCGCUUGCACCGUCGUGGCUCCAACUCCAUUCAGACGCAUAGGGCAGAUGCCGUGCAGUCGCAGGUGAGCGCGCCGCGGCUGCCCGCGGCCCCGCAGCGACUCCGGUCGGCGGACGGCACGUUCGUGUCGCCCGCUUAA